CCGUUCAACACCCGUUCAGCUCAAAUAUGAAUCCCGACAUAGUAAACGAGAGGCGGAAGGCCACAUUUGACGUCGAGAAACUCACUAACAUUUUGAACGGAGGCCUGGAAAGGACGAAGAGGAGACGGGAAAUUGAGUCCAUGGUCCUGAACGACCCAGGUUUUGAAGAGGAGGACCCAAACUUCCUGUCCCGCAGCGAGCGGUAUGACCAAGCUGUCAGAAAGAGUGCUCAAAUGGUCCUCAAGAUGAGGGAGUAUGGCAUUGCAGACCCAGAGGAGCUCUACUGCUAUAAGAGCUGCGUGCACCCAGGCAGGCCUGAACCUUUUGAUCUGCAUCUCGGAAUGUUCCUUCCCACACUGCUGAACCAGGCCACAUCAGAACAAAUGGACCGAUUCUUCAUGCCAGCAUGGAACCUAGAAAUCAUCGGCACCUACGCUCAGACUGAGAUGGGCCACGGCACACAUAUCCGAGGACUGGAGACCACUGCCACGUAUGACCCAGUCACACAAGAGUUUAUCAUUAACAGCCCCACUGUCAGCUCCAUCAAAUGGUGGCCUGGAGGCCUUGGUAAGACCUCAAACCACGCAAUUGUACUUGCCCAGCUUUAUACUCAGGGAACUUGCCACGGUCUGCAUGCUUUCAUCGUACCUAUCCGUGACUUGGACACACACAAACCACUGCCAGGUAUUGUUGUUGGGGAUAUUGGACCCAAAUUUGGUUUUAAUGAAGUUGACAACGGCUUUUUGAAACUUGACCAUGUGCGGAUACCCCGAGAGAACAUGCUCAUGAAGUACGCCAAGGUAGACCCAGAUGGCACCUACAUCAAGCCGCCUAGUGCUAAGCUGACUUAUGGCACCAUGGUUUUCAUCCGUUCCUUGAUUGUAGGAGAGUCCGCUCGGGCCCUCGCCAAGUCCACCACCAUCGCUAUCCGCUACAGCGCUGUCCGCCACCAGUCUGAAAUCCGGCCUGGAGAACCAGAGCCUCAGAUCCUCGACUACCAGACACAGCAAUACAAACUUUUCCCUGUGCUUGCUAUGGCGUAUGCCUUCACCUUUGUUGGCCAGUACAUGAACCAAAUGUACUACCGCAUCACUGGAGACAUCAAUCAAGGGGAUUUCAGUGAGCUGCCAGAGCUCCACGCUCUAUCUGCUGGUCUGAAGGCUUUCACCACGUGGGCAGCCAACUCUGCCAUUGAGGUGUGCCGCAUGUCAUGUGGCGGUCAUGGCUACUCCCGCAGCAGUGCCUUACCUGACAUAUAUGUUGAAUUCACCCCAAGCUGCACCUAUGAGGGCGAGAAUACAGUGAUGAUGCUGCAAACUGCGAGAUACUUGAUUAAAAGCUACAGGCAGGCUAGAGCAGGUCAGCGGCUGCAUGGCAUUGUGUCAUACCUGAAUGAGGAAGGGCGUCAGAGAAUUCAGCCACAGCUUGUUGCUGCAAGAUCGACUGGAGUUGAUAUUAAUGACCUGUCCAGCCUUGUGGAGAUCUACAAACUACGAGCUGCCACUCUGGUAGAGCUGGCAGCCAAGAGCAUCCAGAAGGAAUUGCAACACAAGAAGAGCCAAGAGGAUGCCUGGAAUAAUAGCGCUAUCGACUUGGUCCGAGCCUCUGAUGCUCACUGCCACUAUGUGGUUGUGAAGCUUUUCGCUGAGAAAUUGGGAAAGAUUGAUGCUGCCCCGAUACACUCAGUGUUGUUGACGCUUGCUCGGCUUUAUGCACUUCAUGGAAUCUCGAUCAACUCUGGAGACUUUCUACAGGCUGGACUUUUGAACGGGUCCCAGAUACCGCAGAUUACCAAUUGUAUCAAGGAGCUGCUUUCUGAGCUGAGGCCAAAUGCUGUGGCACUAGUAGAUGCCUUUGAUAUCCAUGACAGGAUGCUGAAUUCAGUCUUAGGGCGAUAUGAUGGAAAUGUUUACGAGCACAUGUUUGAAUGGGCCCGUCGCUCACCCUUGAACUCUACAGAGGUACACGAGUCCUUCCAUAAGUAUCUGAAGCCCCUGAGGUCCAAACUGUGAGCUGAACAGCACAUUCGGAUAGCGACCAUUUAGGCUUGAAAAUAUGAAAUGGAGUAAUUCUUCAUUUCAAACUGAAAAUUGACUUUGCUGUCAUCUCAUUUAGACUCGCCUGCGUAUUUUUGAUUAUGUCCCCUUGUUAUUUAAUCAAGGGAAGAGAGGUUUUUGACUAUCUAAAGCUUGUUUUUUAAUACAUUGAUUUAAAAGUGUUUGUAUACACGAUGAGGAAUUAUACGUUUCCAUAUCUUGAAAAAAAUAAAAUCAACUCAUGUCCAUGAAACUUCAAA